CCAUGCCGCGGAUUGGUGGCUGGUGGUGGCUUUUUGUCUCGGGAGGUUUUUUUUCUUUUCGCUUCAAUUCGAAAAAUGUCGUCUUCUUCUCCAUCAUGUUCGUCCACUUUAUAGCAGCGGCGGCGGCAAUUACAGUGUGAUCGAGCAUUUGCCGCUGUGAUUGGAGCCGUCGAUGGUGGUGUGGUGAGGAGAUUGAAUUGCCAUCGGAGAGUGGACCAUGGCGGCAGGCGGUGGCGGCGGAUCGAGGAAGGGACCCAAAUCUGUGGACUGGCGCAAGCGCGUCAAGUCUGAGUACAUGCGUCUGCGGCAACUGAAACGCUUCCGCCGUGCUGACGAGGUUAAGAGCGCUUUUUUAGCAAACCGCCACAAGAUCAAGGAUCGCACGGACGUGCUAAACGAGGAAUGGAAGCAGCGUCGGGUUCAGCCCAUCCAGGUCAUGACCCCUGCCAUGCCCGCCUCCGUCUCGAGAAAAUGUGCGGCGGACUGCAUUGUGGGUGGAUUUUCCAGCCAAACCAUCCCUUUGAGGACCCUGAAUGCUGUGGCGUCUAUCCCAGUCAUGUACACAUGGUCUCCGCUUCAACAAAACUUCAUGGUGGAGGAUGAGACGGUUCUGCACAAUAUCCCUUAUAUGGGAGACGAGGUACUGGAGCAGGACGGGGCCUUCAUCGAGGAGCUUAUCAAGAACUACGAUGGCAAAGUGCAUGGCGACAGAGAGUGUGGCUUCAUAAAUGACGAGAUCUUUGUGGAGCUGGUGAAGGCCCUUCUGCAGUAUCCUGAUGAGGAUGAUGACGAAAAUGAAGAUGAAAGAAUGGAAACGGAGGAAGUGGCAGGAGGUUCAGAAGGACUGAAAUCCAAAAAAUUCCCGAACGACAAAAUCUUUGAAGCAAUUUCCAACAUGUUUCCCGAUAAAGGGUCACCUGAUGAGCUGAAAGAAAAGUACCGUGAGCUGACAGAGUUGCAGGACCCUGGCACGCUGCCACCUGAGUGCACACCGAACAUUGAUGGGCCCAACGCACGCUCUGUGCAGCGUGAGCAGAGCCUGCACUCCUUCCACACACUCUUCUGUCGCCGCUGCUUUAAGUACGACUGCUUCCUGCAUCCCUUUCAUGCCACCCCGAACACGUACAAGCGCAAGAACCCUGAGGUCCGAAUGGAGACGGAGCCCUGUGGGGUGGAGUGUUUCAUGCACCUGAAUGGCGCCAAAGAGUUUGCAGAUUCUCUCACCGCUGACCGAAUCAAGACACCACCCAAGAGGCAGCCGGGGCGGCGGCGGGGACGGCAGCCCAAUGGGGGCGGCACGACCAGCCGGCCUGGCACCCCGACCACCAUCUCUGCCACGAGCGUAGCUGGAGAAACGGGCAGCAGUGGGGGCAGUGGCAGCCGACCGGGCACGCCCACCAACAUGGCCCCCGGUGGCGGGAAUGGCGGCGGCGGUGAUAGUGACCGGGAGGGCGGCAGCGAAAGUAGCGGUGGCCAGCCCAGCCGGCCCGGCACCCCGACAACUAUGGCCACGGAAACCAAUCCCAGCACUCCUGCGACCAUCGCCACAGACACGAACCCCGGGACGCCGGUUGUGCUGGCUUCCGAGACCAACCUAGAAACGCCGCUCACAGCUGCCGUCCUGGAGAUGAACCCUGCGACGCCGGCUGCUGCUGGCAGCAGCAUGGCCGAGACAAAGGACACGGACAGUGAUCACGAUGGAGAGGAGGAGGACAAGAAGGAGGACACUGCGAGCUCAUCGGCCACAGAGGAGACCAGUUCGCGAUGUGAGACACCCGUGAGGCUCAAGCCGUCACACUCGACGGACGGCGCUGAUCCCGUGGAGUGGACUGGAGCCGAAGAAUCCCUAUUCCGGGUUUUGCACGGGACUUUCUUCAACAACUUCUGCGCUAUCGCCCGCCUCAUUGAGACCAAAUCUUGUCGACAGGUAUACGAGUUUGCUGUUAAAGAAUCAUCAGUUAUGCCUCGAGUGCCUACUGAUGAUGCCAACACACCCCCUAGAAAGAAGAAGAGAAAGCACAGGCUAUGGGCUGCUCACUGCAGGAAAAUACAGCUAAAGAAAGAUUCGUCAUCCAAUCACGUGUACAACUACCAGCCAUGCGACCACCCGGGCCAGGUGUGUGACAGCUCCUGUCCCUGCGUCAACGCUCAGAACUUCUGCGAGAAGUUCUGCCAGUGCAGCUCUGAGUGUCAGAACCGGUUCCCUGGAUGCCGCUGCAAGGCGCAGUGCAACACCAAGCAGUGCCCUUGCUACCUAGCGGUGCGCGAGUGCGACCCAGACCUGUGCCAGACAUGCGGUGCCGCAGACCACUGGGACAACCGCAAUGUGUCCUGCAAGAACUGCUGCAUCCAGCGUGGCCUCAAGAAACACUUGCUCCUGGCACCAUCCGACGUCGCUGGAUGGGGCAUCUUCAUCAAGGUUCCCGUGCAGAAGAACGAGUUCAUCUCUGAAUAUUGUGGGGAGAUAAUCUCACAAGAUGAAGCAGACCGUCGAGGAAAGGUGUACGAUAAGUACAUGUGUAGCUUUCUUUUCAACCUCAACAACGACUUUGUGGUCGAUGCCACUCGUAAGGGAAACAAAAUCCGGUUUGCCAACCACUCUGUCAGCCCUAACUGCUAUGCCAAAGUGAUGAUGGUGAAUGGGGACCACAGGAUUGGUAUUUUUGCCAAACGAGCCAUACAGACUGGGGAAGAGCUGUUCUUCGAUUACAGGUACAGCCAAGCAGAUGCUCUCAAGUAUGUUGGUAUUGAAAGAGAGAUGGAAAUUAUUUAAUUUUUUACAUUCGUGGCAAAGCUACCUUCUUACCGUUUGCUUUGCAUCUUAAGUGGACACGCUCUAUGUAAUUGAAUUGAAGCCCUUAUCUAACUCUUGUUCGCUUAUUAACUAAUAGCUGCUGUAGCAAUAUACCCAUGUGCAGUUGUGCAAUUUGUAGUGAACAGUCCCUUUGCUGCUGUAUCAGCGAGGUCACUGGUCCUGUUGUGUGAUUUUCUUUAGUUAAAUAAAGCUCCAGUAACCAA